AUGCAUCCGCGGCGAUGGAGGUGGACCGCAUUGCUCCUUUGCAUCUUCUCGUUUCUCUUCUACUUGAAUUACUUCCCGCUCUGGAUCCUGCCUUCUCCACCACGGUUUCCAUAUGUACAGAAAUCUUGCCCCACGACCCCACCGCAUCCACCGCUAAAGCCGCCGCCCGGGAGACGGUUCAAUUGGAGAGAUGUCGAUACACAGUACCCUGUGCAGAAAUUCGAGCAGCUCCCGAGGACUGCCGUUAAGAAAGAACUGCCGCCUGUGCAAUAUGACUUCAGCGUGGACCCCCCAUCAUUGUACGAUGAACUUAUGCGCAAACGCCGGCAAGCUGCGGUGAAGGCUGCUUUCGCGCGAUGUUGGACUUCCUACAAGGAGCGCGCGUGGAUGAAAGAUGAGCUGCAGCCUGUCUCUGGUGGCUCAAAGACAACAUUUGGGGGCUGGGGAGCAACUUUGGUGGACAGCCUCGAUACUCUGUGGAUUAUGAACCUGAAAGAAGACUUCGAAGAUGCGGUAUCUGCUGUUACCCAAAUCAAUUUCAAACCGGAAGGCGAAGUCAAUAUGUUUGAAACAACAAUCCGAUAUUUGGGGGGCUUGCUAGCGGCGUACGAUCUGACCGACUGCAAGGAUAGUAGACUGCUGGAGAAAGCAAUGGAGCUAGGCGACAUGAUAUAUGCAAGUUUCGAUACGCCGAAUCGGAUGCCGGUGACGAGGUGGGACUCAGUUAAAGCGUCGAAAGGUGUGAAGCAGUCUCCAGCAGCAAAUGGAAUCAUUGCGGAGCUGGCAUCCUUUAGUCUCGAGUUCACGCGGCUAUCGCAGCUUACCGGCGACAUGCGCUACUAUGACGCUGUGGCUCGCGUCACAAGUGUGCUAGAAGAGCAGCAGAAUCGCACAAAGCUACCCGGGCUUUGGCCUGUAGGCAUCGAUACCCAAAACCUGGACCUAACACGGGACAAUCAAUUCAGCUUAGGCGCUAUGGCCGAUUCCGCAUAUGAAUAUUUAGGCAAGACCUACCAGCUGCUACGAGGCGUAGGUUCUGCUAGCCAGUACAAGAAGAUGUACGAACUCUCUAUGAAUGCCGUUAUCGAGCACCUUCUCUUCCGUCCUAUGGUCCCCGACCAAGCCGACAUUCUCAUGCCGACCAGCGUCCGCGCAAAUAGUGCCUCAGACAUCCGGCAAGGCGACACAGCGCAGCAUCUCGCAUGCUUUGUAGGAGGAAUGCUAGCGCUUGGUGGUCGUCUCUUUCAGAAUAAAACCCACGUCGAAGCUGGACAAAGGGUUACGGACGCAUGUGUCUGGACCUACCAAAACGCCCCUCACGGAAUCAUGCCAGAGAUGUUCUCUAUGCACGCUUGCCCCACACAUUCCCCCUGCCCCUACGAUGCCUCCAAAACUUUCGUCUACCCCGGCUUCGCCAGCAUCUCAGAUGCCCGCUACAUCCUCCGCCCCGAAGCCAUCGAGUCCGUCUUCUACAUGUACCGUAUCACUGGCGACACCUCCUACCAAGACAUAGCAUGGGAGAUGUUUCAAGCCAUUGACAGCCAGACCCGGACGCAGUAUGCGAACGCCGCGAUAAGAGAUGUGAGUACCGAGAACACAGAGCGGCUGGACUCGAUGGAGAGUUUCUGGCUCGCGGAAACAUUGAAGUACUUCUACCUUGUGUUUAGUGAGCCUGGGCUGGUGAGUUUGGAUGAUUGGGUUUUUAAUACUGAAGCCCACCCUUUUCGAUUGAUGGGCUAAAUUACAAAUCAUGGGAUGGGUUUUGUUUUUGUUUUGUUCUGACACG